GUUGCAAAGAUAACAGAAGGCAAUAUUCUGAUGGCAGAAGGAGGUGGUUUCAAUGUUUCAGUGCGGGGUUCUGAUGCAGAAUUUGAGUACACGUGCACACCGUGCGCAGAAGACGGCAGCAAUCAAGAAGCACUGAUAUACUGCCCGGAGUGUAAGGAAUAUCUUUGUGCAGCAUGUACAAAAUAUCAUCAAAAGGUUUCCGCAACGAAGAAGCAUACCCUGCUUGAAAAGGACUUCCAGCAACACGAACAUAGUUUUGAUACCAGUGAAGGAGCAGUGAAGAAAAGAGACAAAUGCGCUACACAUGCGGAACGAGAUAUUGAGAUGUACUGCCGUUCGCAUGAUAUGGUUUACUGUGCUCUAUGCAUUGCUAAAGAUCACAGGUCAUGUACAGAUGUGUUUGAAAUUGAAGAGGCAGUCACCCGUUUUUCUGUACAGCCAGACGAGAUUUUGGUUGAAAAAGCUGAAAGUGCGUUGAAGCAAAUGAUUGAGAUGAAACAAAACAAAGAUGAAAACAUCCAAACGGUUGAGAAGCAAAAUGAAGAGAUACAGAUGAAAGUACAACAAACAAAAAAUAAGCUUAUUCAACACGUUGAAAAGCAUGCUGACGAAACAACAAAGACGGUUGACACUUUGCACACCAGUCUUAUACAAGAGUUAGCAAAUGAGCGGGAAACUGUAAUUAAAAGUAUUACAACGUUAGAAAACUGCAGACAACAACUGGAUUUUUCAGGGAACUUUGAUAAAAGCGAACAGUUUGUGAAGCAAAAGCUACAGAGUGGUAUUUUGUCUGCUGCUGAAAUCCUUUUUAAUGACACUUGUCAGUUUGAAUCACAGAAAAUUAUAUGCAAAGAGAAUAAUGUGUUACUUGAUCAAAUCAUGAGUGCUACGGCCCUUAUGCAAGUAGAAAGAAACGUAGUUCAGAAGAAGUCAACCUUGAAGGUACCACCUAGUGUUAAGUCAAUGAGUAAAGUGAAUGUAAAAGCAUCUUCGGAUACGAAAGAGUGUAACAUCGUGGGUAUCUGUCAGCUUUCAGACGGAACCAUUAUUCUUGCGGAUUUCGCUAACCGUAAAAUUAAGCGACUUGAUGACCAGUACAGAGUCAGAGAUCACUGCGAUUUUGAAGCAGUUCCAAGGGGAAUAUGUUGCACUGGCAUAAAUGAGGUAGCUGUGAAGUUGGGGAAUAAUAAGGUUCAGUUUGUGUCAGUAGGUGCUCAGAUGUUAAAAACAUUUCAAUUUGACAUUAAAGGCGGUAUUAAUAUUGGAUUUGUCAGGUUUGCUGAUACUUUAUGGAGUUAUAAUGGAAACGGUGCAGACAUUUACUGCAAAUCUGGCACGCUGUUGAAAACCCAUAAAAAUGAUUCGUCUGGGAAACAGUUAUUCAAAUCAACAUCAUCGACCCGUGUAUUCCCAGUCGCCAGUAAUAAAUCAUACGUGUAUGUGUCCGACUUGGAAAACAGAGUUGUGUGUCUCGACACAAGUGAGAAUGUAAAUAUGAUGCUGACAGAACCAAAGCUCAAACAGAUAAGCUGCAUGCAUAUCCAGUUAUGGUAUUUUGUUUGUGGCAGGAUUGUCAUCGCAUAAUAUCAUGAUGUUUGGAAGUGACGGCAAAUCUCUAGGUGAAUUAAUAGCUUCUGACCAGGGCAUCAAGAACCCUUGGUCAUUGUGUUACGACAUUAAAAAGCAUAAUAUGGUUGUCGGUUCAACAAGCAACAAUAUUUCGCUGAUAGAGCUCAGUAUUUGACGUCCUAUGAAAACCUUUAGGUAAUCUAUAGAAACAUACCUGUUGUCAGUCGGAAGUGGUAAGUGAACAAAAUUGCUUGUCUCCAUGAAAGUGAGACAACACUAGAAUGUGCAUUUCAAGUGAUUGAUUUGUGUUUUUAGCGGACGUUUUGUCUGACAACAUCACCGUGUUUGAAAGUGAUUGCGGUUAGUGUUGACUGAACUGAAAGCUCAUAAACAGAGAGUAAAGAAUCCCUUGUAACUUGGUCUGCGUUACAAUACCAAGAAACACUAACUGUUUGUUAGCUUAUAUUGCAUGUAUAGAUGGACGUAUAUAUUUGAUGCCUUUAUUCGUGUAUUUAUAGUUGCUUUAGUUAAGUUCUGGUAAAAGUUUAAAGUUGUUAGCGUCUGUCGUCUGUCUACAUUUAGCUUGUGUAUGCGAUAGAGGUUGUAUUUUUCAACUGAUCUUCAUGCAAUUUAGUCAGAAUGAUUACCUUGAUGAAAUCUAGGCCAAGUUCGAAAAUUGGUCAUCUGGGGCCAAAACUAGGUCACUUGGUCAAAUCAAAGAAAAACCUUGUGUAUGCGAUAGAGGCUGUAUUUUUCAAUUGAUCUUCAUGAAUUCUGGUAAGAAUAAUUACCUUUAUGAAAUCUAGGUGUCAGGUUUGAGAAUGGGUCAUCUUGGUUAAAAAAACUAAGUCACUAGGUCAAAUCAAAGACAAACCUUUUGUAUGCGAUAGAGGCUGUAUUUUUCAACUGAUCUUCAUGAAAUUUGGUCAGAAUGAUAACCUUGAUAAAACCUAGACCAAGUUAAUCUAAUAUGACAGUAUAUUUCGGACAUUCGUUUGCAGCACAGUUAAUGAAAAUCGACCUGUUUCAAAACAAAAUGAUGUAUCUGUCACAAAUAAUAUGAUCCUAUGCUGUAAGUAAUAAUUUUGCAGUCGCCGCCAAAAAGAAAAAAUACACUUGUUACAAAAUCAUAUAAUAAAAGAUAUCACCGAAAAUACAUUGUUGCGAGUAAAAGUGGCUGAUUAAACUUUUUGCUAAGUGUACUGUAUUCCAUUAUAUUCACUUUUUACUUCUCAUUGUUCAAUUAUACAUUGUACUAAUUAUACUUUUUAUUUGUUACAAUAUGAAUUAUACUAUUAAUUGACGUUCAUA